UCUAUGACUGGAAAACGCUAAGUCAUUUUGAACAUUUUAGUAUAUUUUGUAUUUCUUUAUUGAUAUUUAUAUCUAUAUUAUUUUGUACUAUUGUACAAAUAUUCAUCUAUGUACUUAUCAUAAAGUAUUAUUUAUAACUGAAUGAUAUUAUGAACCAGAUUUUAAACAUUCCACUAUAUCAAAGUAAUGUAAAAAAUAAUUACGAUAAUGUCUUACGGAAAACUACGAAGAUUUUUAUCUGAAGAAUAUAAAAAUCUAGGAAUCCAUGAUUCAAUCCUAUUAGAAAGUCCAUUUAUAGAGACAACACGGAGUGGAAAAUAUUUAUACAAAGUCCUACUAGGAAUUACGCUACAUCAAGUAAUGGUUGCUUUGGAUUUUUCACCAAACGUUAAGAUGAAAGAAACAGAUUCACACAACAUAAAUUUACAAUACAUAUAUCCUCUUGAAUUCGCUGAAAUAAUUGUCUUCAAACGUAGUCGAAGACAGGCUCUAAAAUUAUGUAUAAAGUAUGGAAAAAACAGAUAUUUUGAGUUGGCGGCCAUGAAUAAAAGACAGAUAUUUUGGGAUCUAUGGUGUUAUCAAAUUGCCGCGCUCCGCAACACUUAUGUACCGAAAAGACACGAUCGACAAACGAACUAUAAAAAUAAUGAAGAAAAGAUAUUUCUUAAUUAUCAGAAAAAGCAUCCACAAUGGCGAGAUAAAUAUUUAUAUUUGGGUUCGAGGAGAGAAAAAGAGGAUAAACGUCAACCAGUUCCAGUACCAGGUCUCGGACCUACGGAAGAAAUAAAAUUAUUGUAUCUGAAACCACAAUAUUUUGGUUGCUGGGACCAAACAGAGCACUGGGUGCAAUGUGAAAUCAGCGGGUCAACACUUUCUGAAGUUAUAUAAGAAUGAGAACGUUUUUGUGCUGCAGAUUGCAGUUGUAGCGACAUAUUCAUAGUGAGUGGGUAAUGGCAGUAUAAAUGUGGUGUUUUGAUUUUAAUCUUGAAAAUACCAAUUGUAUUUUGACACUGACAAUCUCAGCUGAUUGACUG